GAUCAGUUUCUUUAUGUAUAAACUUGACGCAAUUUCCAGUGCUGAUGUCAGUCGGCAAAAGGCGAUCAUACCGAGAAGGAGUGCAUUCUCGAAGAACGCGUCCCGUGCCCGGAUUACUGCUGUUGGCUAGUUAAAAAAAAACGACCCACGUCUGUAGCGAAAAAAAAAACUGCGAAAGUAGUGACCGCCUGCGCCAUCAUGCGGCGAUACAAGCUAACGUUUGCGCUGCUGACCUUGUUUUCGUGCGUUUGGAUCAGCGUCGUAGCUGUUGACGAUUUGUCGGAAGAAAACAUCAGCGAAGAUUUCGAUGAAGACGACGACGAUCUGCUGCGUCGAUUCGAGGCUCAACACGUGCAGCGUGAGUUCGAGAAGGAGGACCAAAUGGCGCGCGAGUUGGCGGCAAAGAUCGCCGCAGAACACUACAAUUUCCCAGAGGACAUCGAAAACGCCCCUCGUCUGGUAGAUCCGUGCAAGGGCGUUCGCUGUGGAGCGGGUAGAAUCUGCCAAGCGGAGGGCACCGAAUCGAAGUGCAUCUGCGUUCCCGAGUGUCCAGAGGAAGAGGAUACCCGGCGAAAAGUGUGUACCAAUUUCAACGAAACGUGGGACUCCGCGUGCGAAGUUCACCGGCAAAGAUGCCUGUGCAACACGAACGACGAUCGCUGCCGAGGAGAGGAAGUCAAACACGUGCAUAUUAACUACUACGGACGCUGCAGGGAUAUGCCGGACUGCUCGGAGAAUGACCUGGCCGAUUUCCCACGCCGUAUGCGGGACUGGCUGUUCAACGUGAUGCGUGACCUGGCGGCCCAGAAUAAGCUUGCGGAGCCCUAUAUGGAGCUGGAACAUGAAGCGGAAACAAACAUGACCAAACGUUGGACUAAUGCUGCCAUCUGGAAGUGGUGUGACCUGGACAGUCACCCGAACGAUAACUCGGUUUCACGCCACGAGCUGUUCCCCAUUCGUGCACCGCUGAUGGCGCUGGAACACUGCAUUGCACCAUUCCUAGAGAGCUGCGAUCCCAACAACGAUCACAGAAUCACCCUGCAGGAGUGGGGUAACUGUUUGGAGCUGGAGGAGGAUGACCUCACGGCACGUUGCGCGGAGAUCAGAAAGGAGGACGAGUACGAAAAGAUAGAUCUUGAGUUGGCCGAGAAUUGAAUUAUUUAAAAAUGGUGGAAAAUUCCCCUAGCAGUGCUCUCUUUUAACCAAAGUAAUUUCGGCCUUAACGGAAGAAAUCUAACUAUGUAGGCACAUAAGCUUAUUAAGUACUGUGUAGAGGUUCUACUCGUGAGCAGAGAAUAACGUCUAAAGUGUAUAAUUGGAUGUAAUAAAGUAAUCAAUGGAAUCUAA